CGUCUGCUAAACGCCCUCAAUGUAAACGUCAACCCCUUCCCCACCCGCUGCUCUCCCGGUCCAGGUCUCUGCCAGAUCCUGGAGGUCUUCGUGAACCUGCUGCUGGUCAUCUGUGCGGGGGUCCCCUACAGCAACAAAGGGGGCUACGUGGACCUAGCGAGCCUGGGCUCCCUGUACCACUACUACUACGGCGGCGCCAACGCCUUCACCGGGACGGACAUCGCCCGCGUGAAGGAGCUGGACGUGAUGUUCCACCAGCUGAAGACGCCCCCCUACGCCUUCACCAUGGCCUGCGGGGGGGCCCUGAUGGCCUACGCCUGCGGCCUGCUGGCUCUGGGGGUGUUCCGGAUGUUCUACCGCUGCCCCCCCCUGCUGCUGGGCGAGGCCCUGCUGAACGCCCUCAUCGGGCUGGGCUACAUCCCCUCCCUGGCCUUCUACUUCAUCAAGCUGAAGGAGACGUACGACAGCCCGGUGUGUAAGGAGAGGGAGAGGAUGUACGCCAGUAAGGGCCACGAGGGCUUCAAGUGCCAGUACAACGGGGCCGACAUCGCGGGGGGGCUCUUUGGGGUUCUGGGCGUGGCGGUCUUCCCCGUAGGGGCGGUGUUGGCCAUCCGGGCGUUCAGGUCGGUACGGCAGAGGAGACGCUCGAAGGAGUCAAGGGAUGGCCCUCGACCGGAGGAGAGAGGUAACUACGUCUGAGGAGAGGAGAGGAGAGGAGAGGAGAGGAGAGGAGGUGCUCUGGAGGAGAGGUCACCACGUCUGGGACGCAGUACUGAGAAGGAGGAGAGUGGAGGUUGUUACAGAGAACAAAGCGCACACAGAUCAACACCAUUAUGCAUCUAUUUUAAAUUGUAAUAACUUUCUUAGUUCAUGUUUUAUAAUUCAAUUUUAUGUUUGUUUAUAUUAUUGCUGUUGUUGUGGUAUCGGUGCCGUUUCUGAGCCCUUCCUUAUGUUACUGUUCAUCAUGUUUACUGUGACGUCCCUGGUGAAUCAAUUCUUUAAGAGUUUUAUGAUUGAUCUGGAGAGUAAAUCCUUUCUCACACAACAGAAUCGAUAAUGCUGAAGGGAACAAUGCAGGGACUUUUCUAAUAGUUAUUUUGUUAAUAAACAUUGCCACCUUAUUAA